GAAAUUUUAGAUUUAUAAGAAGAAAUUCGAGUUAUGUCUUGUUUGGCUUCUACCACUCGGUGACGUCGAAAACCUUAUUAUUAUUAACUGAUAAUAACCGCUGAUCCAAACAAGUCCUUACAAUUAAUUCAUUUUUCUCUGCAAAACCUUCGUUUCGAAGAAGCCUCCUUCUCGCUCUUCUUCUUUUUCUUCUCUUCUUCGUUACACUCUCUCUGUUCUCUCCAUUCCCUUCACGAACCAUCGAGAUUUUCAAAACCAAUCUCCAUAAUCGCGUUUAGAUCAAAUCAUUUUCAUCUUCUGCGAAUUUUCACACAAUGCAGCUUUGAAAUUUGAAUCUCCCACCAAAUCAGACGCAACGAGAUUUGAACAACACUAUCGUUGAAAAUAACCGUUUUUUUUCCUUUCUGAAUGGGUUCGGUGUCUUCAACGCCGCGUAAGCGUGGUGAAUUCUCGCCGGAGACGGCGGAGUAUCUGAUCGGGACUUUUGUCGGUGAUGAGUCGUUCCCUUUCUCAUCGGAGUUUUGGCAGAAAUUGCUUGAGCUUCCUCUCAAUGUUCAAUGGCCUGCUGAACGUGUUCAACAAGCUUGCGAGCUUUUGGCGAAAAACAAUUGUCAAACCAGGCAUCUUGCAAAGCUUUUGUUCCAUCUAGCAUGCUACUUGCAGGAGUCCAUGUCUACUUCUGGUGUGCCGCCCUUGGUUUAUGAAAAGGCUGCUAAUGCAGUGUACAUCGGUUCUGUGUUUUUGAAGCACUUGAUUGAAAGUGGUAUGCAGUUGUAUCUAUCUUUCGAUGGUGAUGAAGCUGUACUGAAGGAUGUUUUGGGAGAUAAAACCAUUGAAAAUCUUGUUAUGAGGAAUGUACUGAACUUUAUAGCAUCAGUAGAAGUGAGUCCAAACACAUUUCUUCUACAUCUAGAACUGCUUAAUUUCUUGAUUAUUACAAUGUCAACUCAGCUUCUAUGUGGUUCAUCUCCUGGACCAAAUGAUGUGAAUCCAUUUCUUGAUGCAGCAAUGGCUCAGGACAGUGAUCUGGUUGGUUUAGUUGUUCGCAAAUUGCUUCUAAAUUUCAUUACCCGUCCUAGGGUUCCAUUCAAUCGGGCAACUUAUCCCAUCUUUUAUGACGGAAGUCAGAGUAGUGUGCUACAGAGAGUUGGUUCUGCAGCUGCAAAUAUUGUUUUAUUGCCAUUCAGUUAUUUGGUCAGUUCUAGCGGUGAAGGGUCAAGAAACCCAAUAGCGGAUAGCAGUCUUCACGUGCUUCUUAUUCUCAUUCAUUAUCAUAAAUGUGCUGUGAGUGAGGACUACUCUGCCAUUGAGAAUAACAAAUCUUCAGCUUCAGAUUCAUUAAUCAAAGAAAAUCCCCAAUUUUCCGACAACUCAUACUGCAAGGCCUUAGAGCAAGCAAUUGAUUGUGAAUUGGAUCGUGUAGACAUCGAGGGCAAUGCACAUAGUGGCCGACACAUAAAGUUGCCUUUUGCUUCUUUGUUUGAUACACUUGGCAUGUGCUUAGCUGAUGAGGCAGCAGUCCUACUGCUUUACUCGUUGUUGCAAGGAAAUUCUGCCUUUUUGGAGUAUGUCUUGGUGCGGACUGAUAUAGAUACAUUGUUAAUGCCGAUUUUGGAAGCUCUAUACAAUGCUCAAAGUAGGACACCUAAUCAAAUAUACAUGUUGCUGAUUAUAUGUCUUAUACUUAGUCAAGAUUCUUCUUUCAAUGCAAGCAUUCAUAAGCUGAUAUUGACGGGUGUUCCAUGGUACAAAGAACGUCUUCUCCAUCAGACUAAUCUUGGUUCUCUUAUGGUCAUAAUUCUUAUCAGAACUGUACAGUAUAAUUUGUCUAAACUACGGGAUGUCUAUCUCCACACAACAUGUCUGGCAACUUUGGCUAACAUGGCACCUCAUGUUCAUCGUUUGAGUGCAUAUGCAUCUCAGAGACUAGUCAGCCUUUUCGAUAUGCUCUCACGCAAGUAUAACAAAUUAGCUGAUCGCAGAGAUAAUAAGCUUCAUAUUGCAAAAGACAACUCAAUUGAAGGAAACAGCUUUGUAGAGGAUGUGUCAACUGAAAUGCAGAUUUACACCGACUUCUUGAGGCUUGUACUAGAAAUAAUAAAUGCAAUCCUGACUUAUGCACUGCCUCGGAAUCCUGAGGUAGUGUAUGCAGUAAUGCACAGGCAGGAAGUCUUUCAGCCAUACAAGAGUCACCCACGCUUCCAUGAACUACUUGAAAACAUUUAUACCGUAUUAGAUUUUUUCAAUACUCGUAUGGAUGCUCAAAGAGUUGAUGGUGACUGGUCAGUCAGCGAAGUGCUCCAAGUGAUAAUUGUCAAUUGUCGUUCUUGGAGGGGUGAUGGAAUGAAGAUGUUUACUCAACUGCGCUUCAUGUAUGAACAAGAGAGACACCCCGAGGAGUUUUUUAUCCCAUAUGUCUGGCAGCUUGUAUUAUCCCACUGUGGAUUCACGUUCAAUGCAGAAGCCAUAACUUUGUUUCCAGUUGAUCUACACUCAGAAAAACUUGAAAAUGGGGUGGAGGGGAGCACAUUUCAAAAUGGCGAUUUUGACAAGCCCGAGUAUCAGCUUGAUCCAUAACUGCUUGUAUUAGUACAAUGUGGCUGCCAAAUUUAUUAGUUAUUUGUACAUAUGGACUAGUUGAUAAGAUUUCUGAAAAAAAGAAAAAGAUGCUAAGAUGUGUAUUGUUCUCUCAUUCUUUUUUGUUCAUAUAAUGUGAGUGUAAAGGUUCAUUUCGUUGAUGAAGAUGAGAUAUCCAUGUAUUGAAUAAGCGUUGAUGCUAGUGUUCAUGCAAAUAUCAAUCAUACAGCUUUUGUAGAUGUGCUCGGUUGCACCUCAGUCCUCACUAAUGCUGUUGAUCGAAGAAUUUCACGUUCUCUAUUAUGUGACUACUUUUGUGUCAACAUUUUUGUUACAAUUUAUACGAAAGAAAUUUAAAUUUUAUA